GUGGAUCGUAUCGAAACGGAAAUUUGGAAGCCCGACACAUCGAGGAAUUCCAUCUAGCCCACCAGACUAAAAGCCAAAAACAAGAGGAGCUUCUUCUAGAAACCCCAUUAAAAGCAAAAGUGUUGCGAAUUCGCGGUGUCCAAAGGCCAAACAAAAAGCAGCCAUCACCACUUUCCGGACCAGAUUGAUCCGUAAUAAUAUUCCACCAAUCUGCAAGAUCCCAGCCAAAAUCCGGAAACCGCCAAUAAAGCGAAACCCAGUGCAAUCAUGACGGACGUAUCGCACGAAUUGGGAGCCCUGCGCUUCGUGGUGGACUCGCCACUGUCCUCCAAGGUAGCCAUGUUCAACAACCAGGCAACGCAACACAAGCAGUCCCAGCUGCUGAAUCCCUUUUCCCAGGACGGACGCGCCUCCUCGCCAAAGCCGACUUUCUCAAAGGACCAGUAUGGAAAACCACUAGCCGGCAGCCUCACUGAGAUGCGUGGGCAAAAGGCCAACAUUCAUGUGAUGAAGGAAAUGCUGGAGCUGUGCCAGAUCAUCAAUUCGGAGGGCUACGACGUCAAGGAUGAGCCCACCAUGCGCGUCAUUCCCUUUGGGGAGCUGUUCAAUAUCUACAACUAUAUAUCAGACAAGGUGGUGGGCAUCCUGUUGCGCGCCCGCAAACAUAAGUUGGUUGAUUUUGAGGGAGAGAUGCUGUACCAGAGAAGGGACGACAAUGUUCCUGUGUUCCUACUGAAACCCAUUAAAGAAAUACGCACCGAGAUGGAGGCCAAGAUUGAGGACAUUAAAAGAGCGGCCAGUCCGGCACCUCCGCAGUCCACAUCGGUUUUAAUGGAUCGUAAUGCUCAUGAGCAGAAUUUGAAAUCCAGGACUCCCUCGCCGGCGGUGGGCAAGUCUGUCAAGGCCAAGUCAGCGUCGCCAUCGCCGGCGCCUAAAGCUCCUGCUGUAGUAGCCACGCCUGUUGUAGACGCGCCUGUGGAUGCUUCCCCAUCUGCAUCCUCUCCUGUGGCAGCUCCUGUUCUUUCUGUAGAACCCACUCAAGCAGCUGUACCUGCACCUGUAGAAGCUCCAGUUCCAGCUCCAGCUGAAGCCACAACUCCAGCUUCCAUUGAAAUCAAGCCAGUUGAGUCAGAAGUAUCUGAAUCAGCGCCUGUGGCUGUGAUAUCAACAGAAGCACCACCCGCAGAGGAAAUCACACCUACCAUCAGCCAAACACAAACGGAGGUGGCUCCUCUAGUUUCAUCCGCAGGGACUGAUGAUUUGCCCACAAUUGUGAUUGAAGCCUCCGCCGAGUUUGUGCGCACCGUCAGCGUGGAACAGCUGGCGCCCAGCCCGGAAACAAGCAGCCAAUCCUUGCCAGACGAAGCCCAGUCCCAACCAGAGUCUACGGCCGCUUAAGGCUGGGGGAGUUUGACGGCUAGGACGAAAGAAACAUCCCCUGGAAUCGUUUAAAAGAAACUCUCGCAACUACUAAAGCGGCAGCUUUAAAUUGCAGUAGCUUAGUUUACGGCGUACUUAGUUUAAUUUACAAUUAGAGCAACACAACACUGAAGACAGAAACGAGAGCGACUAUUUAUUUAUUAUUAUUAUAUGUAUAUCAUUAAUGGACGACCAAAGGAGCCAGUUUCCUCAAUUUUUUAAUCAUUACUCUUUGGAAAUUAACUAAAGUUUUCCACUCACAAAGUUGGGAUAACGCUAUAAAAUAUGAAUAAAAUGAAUACAAUUACAUUAAAACAGUA